AAUAAUAUUAAUGUAUAAUUUUUUAAAGCUUAAUUUUGAAAAACGCAUUUUGUGCGCAGAGCGGUACAGGUGUGCGUAAUAUUUAUGCGGAUACAAAGGGUUAAGAGAGGGUAAAUGUUAUAUCUGUGUAGCAGGGUGUGCUGUGGACUCCUGUUUGUGUGCUCACAGGGAGAGGGACAGGAAGCAGGAGAGAUUUUUGUCGGCGGAAUAAAAACAUCUCCCAGCUGAGAUCCCGCAUCUCUUCCUUUAAAGGAGCGCAGUGAUGAGUCGCUGGGAAACAGAGGUUGUGCGCCGCUUAUUUCGGUGUCACAUUUUUGUCUAGUUUAAUCUGAUGAGAUAACACAAAAAGAUGCUUUCAUAUUGAACAGAUUUGCUGAUGAUCGCGGCUGGAUCCUGACAGGGAGGUCUUUAAUUCUGGCCUGUAUCGGUGAUUUUCUGGCCCAUAUGGAGCUGAAAUGUGAAAUUGCUCAAUUUCAAGGACGCACACAUGAUCUUUUUUUUUCCUCCGGUGAAUGAUUUGUGUUGGAAAAAAUAGGAUUACGACACCGCCAGGUCAGAUCUGUUGUUGUGUGAGCUCCGUGGCGUUGAUGCAGCAGAAGACAAACUGAAGGAUUUAUUAUGGCUGCUGCGUUUCAUAAUUAGACGCGAGGUUUUUGGUGAUUUGCGACUCAUGGCGUAGGUCUGCCGUAACGAUGUGAUCAGAUAGGGAUCCCUGGUUUCUCGCUGCCUCCUCCUCCAGAGUCGCUCACAAUGCCGAGGGCUUUGCGGAGACUGGUCCAUCUGGUGCUGUUCUGUCCUCUGUCCAAAGGGCUGCAGAGUCGUCUCCCAGCCAUCAAGGUCAAGUACCUUCUCCUGGCAUGGCUGGGCAUCCUCAUCGCCAGCUGGGUCAUCUACAUGCAGUAUGCUUCUUACUCUGAACUCUGCCGUGGGCAUGUGUGCCACAUGGUCAUUUGUGAUCACUACAGAAGAGGCAUAAUAUCAGGCUCAUCCUGCAAGGCAUUGUGUGAUCAGAGAACUCUGACCCUCCAGCGCUGCAUGUCCACCUCCUCUACGCAUCAGGUGUACAGUGGACUUUGGAAGGAGAGACCUGUUGUGAUCAAGUGUGGUAUUGAGGAUCCAAUGAAGGUUGAUGGGGCUCCAGACUCUGUGCUGCGACAGGAGAUGAGUUUAUUUGACAAACCCACUCGUGGAACCUCCAUGGAUGAAUUUAAAGAGAUGCUGCACAGCUUCCUCAAGGCUAACCUUGGUGAGCAGCCAUCUUUAAGCACCUUGGUGGACAGGGUCAUCACCCUGGCUGAUGUCAACCAGGACGGCAAAGUGUCUCUGGCAGAGGCCAAGUCCAUCUGGGCUCUUCUCCAGAUCAAUGAGUUCCUCCUGAUGGUGGCACUCCAGGAGAAGGAGCACACCCCCAAGCUGCUAGGUUUCUGCGGAGACUUGUACGUGACAGAGCGUGUGGGCCACAGCUCCCUCUACAGGCUGGAGGUGCCUCACUACCUGCAGGCUCUGGUCCCAGAGGCCUUGAGCUCCAGCCUGAACCACUGGCUCGCCCCAGCCUGGCCCCGUAGGGCUCGCAUCACCAUCGGCCUGCUGGAGUUUGUGGAGGAGGUCUUCCAUGGCUCAUACGGUAGUUUCCUCAUAUGCGAUGCCAGUCCUCGCCACGUGGGCUACAACGCAAAAUACGACUGCAAGAUGGCCAACCUGCGCAGUGUGGCGUCUGAGGCAGUUGUGCGGGGGUUUUUGAGGGGGCGACGAUGUGAGACUAACGCUGACUGCACUUAUGGCCGGGACUGCACGGCCACCUGCGAUCGACUGGUGAAGCAAUGUAAUACUGAAGUUGUUCAGCCCAAUCUUGCGAAAAUGUGCGUGCUGUUGCAGGACUAUCUGCUUUUUGGAGCCCCUUCAGACCUCCGUGGGGAUCUGGAAAAGCAGCUACGCACCUGUGUUACACUCAGCGGUCUGGCGAGCCAGAUGGAGGUGCACCACUCACUAGUUCUUAACAAUCUGAAGACAUUACUGUGGAAGAAGAUUUCUAACACUCAGUACUCUUGAAAACAGGCUGAGACUACCAGACCUCUGCAUAAUGAGUGAAUUAUUACACAAGCACUAAAAGUUCUUGCAUACAAAGCUUUGCCAAAUGUUUCAGAGGGAUAUGGUUAUUAAUGUAUUUUCACUCUACAAUGGCUGUGAAUAACAAGAAACUGUGAAUAUACAAUAUAAACAGCAGAUGGAGACUAUUUUCUUUUCUUUUAUUAUUUUCAGAAGCACAUUCAUCUGUUUAGACAUAAUAUUCUCAGGGCACUGCCUAUAACUUUAUUUGUAAAAUAACCUGUGAGUAAACCUAGUUUUUAAAAUAGUUUCAUAGUAUACUCUUUUGUCUAUCCCUACAGAGGCAGAAUGUCAAAUUUGAAACAGUGUGAUAGUUUUUGUACAACUGUAAAUAUUUGUGGAACUCUGUUGUUUCCUGUGUAUUAAUGAAUCUUCACAUGAAGAAGAGAUAAGAUAAAAAUACCGGAUGGAAUAUUGCAUAUACAGUAGCACUGAAAUGUCCCCCCUGGUACUGACAAUGUAUUUAUAUUGAUUUGAACAGACUGGGGUUGUAAAUGCUGAUCAGACAUGAUGAAACUUGAAUGAACUUCUAAUCAAUGAAUAAACUUGAGUUGGU